UCUUCAUUUGAAAAAAUAAAAUAAAAUCAACUGCUCUCUCUCUAUAUAUAUAUGUACACACUGCCUAGAGCAAAGGAAAGACUUAAUCAAAGUUAGAAUAGCAACUACAAUAAACAGACUGAGGUGCUAAGAGUGAAGAAAGAGAGAGAUUUGGCAAAUGGGAAGAAGUCCCUGUUGUGUGAAGGAAGGUUUGAAUAGAGGUGCUUGGACUGCUCGAGAGGACAAAAUUCUCAAAGACUAUAUUGCAGAACACGGUGAAGGAAGAUGGAGAAACCUCCCAAAAGAAGCUGGUCUAAAGAGAUGUGGGAAGAGUUGCAGGCUUCGUUGGUUGAAUUAUCUUAGACCAGAUAUUAAGAGAGGGAAUAUCUCACCAGAUGAAGAAGAGCUCAUCAUCAGACUUCACAAGCUCUUGGGAAACAGAUGGAGUUUGAUUGCUGGGCGGCUUCCAGGGCGAACAGACAAUGAAAUAAAGAACUACUGGAACACAAACCUAGCCAAAAAGCUUCAAAAACAACCCCCUGAAAGAAACAGAAACAAGGUUUCAUUGAAGAUGGAGCCACAUAAAUAUGUGAUCCGAACAAAGGCAGUGAAAUGCUCCAAGGUUUCUUUGAAUCCAGAGAGUUGGAAAAAGAGUGAAAAUUUUGGCAGCAACGUUGACUCAAAGGCAGGAGCGUCAAUGCUGCAGGAAACACCAGAUUGUUCGUUGGAUAAUAAAUCAAUAUUAAUGGAAUCUAAUAAUGGGCCAUCUUCAUCAGAUUUAUUGACGGACUUCAACAUGGGAGAGUUUAGUCUAUCGGAACUUCUAAAUUUUGAUUUCUCCGAUUUAUGUGGAACCUUUUCAGCUACUGACAGCAACGAUGACAGUAACGUAUUAUCUCCUAAUUCUUCAGAAAAUCCUCUUGCCGUCUCUGACGACGACGAAUUCCUACAAGCCUUAUGGAGUGUUUAGACGAAUGCGGCCACAAAUCUCAGUUACUCAUGUACAUCUUUUUCCUCGACCGGAGGAGACUGGCUACACGAUGGUUGUUGACUAUUUUAUUAAUUAAUAAAAUAAAAUUACCUCUUUAAAUAAA